GACACCGCCAACUGCGCAGUGAAAACUACAUCAAGAACUUGUUGUGUCUUUCCGUUCAAAUAUAAAAACAGAUUGUAUCGAUCUUGCACAAAAGUGGACAAUGGAAAUACAUUAUGGUGCGCAACAACGAGCAACUACGAUAAAGAUAGGAAAUGGGGAAACUGUAUAAUCACUCGGCGUAAGAGAGGUAAGCGAGAUAAGACACGAUAAGACAAAUCGUUUUACUUCCACGUUUGAAUGUAGAACCAGAGGAACGACGUUCAGGAUAAAACUGCAAUAAUUUCGACAUGGUUAAAGUAAUCGAAAAAAACAUUCAACGUCAUUCUGGACUAACAUUAAGUGAAUUGAAAAAAUAGACAUAUUUAUAGAUUGUCCGGUUUUCUCUGGACAACAUACAGCACUAGUCAUUAUAUAACGAGUAGCCACGAUCGAAAGUAAAGGCAGGCACGUCAAUUUGAUUGACGUGAAAAUCGUUAUAAGUUAUAAUAUUAGCAAUAAUGAUAAAAUUUAUAACAAAACCUAUCUAAUGCUAUUCUGCAUAUUUAACUUUUAAUUAAAGUAUAGUAAAUAAAGAAAGUCUCUCGGUCGAAGGAAAGAAAGAGUUUGAUAAACUUGUGGCUAUGAUCGACAUCUUGUUUGACCUACUAUUUCAACACAGUCUUAAAGGGGCAGUGUCACCAAUUUUUACCAAAAAUGUCUUUUAUUCGAAGUCCGACUUGCGAAUUUGAAAAUCAACAUUAUAAAUACGUUCAGUUAUGAUAUACGAGCCAUAUUAAACAACUUUGAACUUCCAGACAGCAUGUAAGAUAACGUUUUCAUACAAAUUUACUUAAACUUGAAAAAGUGUCCGCCAACAAUUAAUCAAGAUGUCAUUUUUUACAAUCCAUCUGAAUCCUCGCCUAAUCUUAACCAUCCGGACUUCUGUACAUGCUAUUCGUAUUUAUUAUUGUUUUAUGUUGUGCUAACAAACAUUCUUUUUCGGUUUUGUGCAAGAUUCAUAAUGAUUUGCGAGUGUCAAAAUCGGUGACACUGCCAAUAGAAGUUAAAAUAGAAGUUAAACGUCCUAGGUUAAAACUGUAAAAACUGACAACAAAUCAACAAUUGGCGAUCAUCUCUAGAUUAAUUUUCGGUGUUAUCACAACCUAAUAAACAAUUAUUAUUAUAUAUUGAAGUUGGUAAAAUCGCGCAAUCACGCAACUUACAGAAAAUUCAGUUAUCUGCUAGCGGAUAACGAAGUUAUCUGCAAAUGAGCCUGUGAUGAUUAGCAAACAGUAUCUAUUUAACACAAACAGCAAGUUUUAUUAAACAAUUAUUAAUGAAUUAGGUUUUUGCGAGAUGCAAAAUUAUUAAGAAAUUUGGCCUUUUUGGUUUAGUUUUCGGUGUUGAAAAAGAGUAUUAGUGAGAUCUCAGAAAUUAAAUUAAAAAUUUCUUUAAAAUCGUACCCGUUUUAACGCCAUUAAUUUUACCCAAAGAACCUAGUCACAAACUGAUCUUAAAAUUAAUACGCUUUCUAAAUCUCUUUCUUUCAAAGGAUCAGAUGAUAGCCCUAAUCUUAAGAAUUAUGACGAGCAAACAACUGGAGGAAUGUUUGAUCCUUAUCUUAAGAAUUAUGACGAGCAAACAACUGGAGGAAUGUUUGAUCCUUAUCUUAAGAAUUACGACGAGCAAGCAAGUGGAGGUACGUGUGACUAAAUAAGUUAUUACAGAUGUUAUGAAUGGUAAACAUUUUUUGAAGAUUUUCACUUGACCAAAAUCCAACUUACUUUUUGUAGUUUUUUAUUAACCUUUCAUUUUAAUCAAAAGUUCUGAUGGAAAAGCUUACAGUAAUCCGGGUAAUCGAAAUUGCCUGAACUUGCAUGUCAUUGAGCUUGAGUUUAAUCACUCAACAACAGUGGUAGGUAGGUAUACAGGUUUAAGCCGUUUGUGUUUCUCGGGAAUUAUUGCUGAACUUGUACAACCUUGGCAAGCCAAACAAACAGUCCUAUAUCACAGUUUUGUUUAGAAUUUUCUUUCUCUAAAUUUACAGGACUAUUCACAGCUGAUCAAAAACUGAACGGUAAGACAAAUAUAUACACUCGUCAAAAUGCAAAUGGUGCUCGUAGUGGCUAUGAAUGUCCAGAGGAACGAGAUUACCAUCCUUACUGGCAUCCUACAGAUUGGAUUGAUAUAGCGGUGUUAGCUUAUAAUGAAAGCAUGUGUCAAUAUUAUCAGAAAGAGAGUUUCAAUGUCAAACCUAAAGGUAAGUCCUCAUGGGCACGAUUACUUUCUUUUACUGGCAACCAACUGACUGAAUCGAUAUAGCUUUGACGAGAGAUGAACCAGGCGGAAUUUUUAAUAUCAAUGCCCUACAUAAUGUAUGCAAAAGAGCCGUCACCAUAUAAAAUUUUAGAAAAAAUAUUUAUAAACUAUCGUUUCAUUUGUUACAUAAAGAUGCAUGCAUUAAAUGUUAAUUAACGAAGUAUAUAUGCUAUAAAAUUACAAAGUUAUAUGAAUAAGUUGUAACUAAUUACAAGGAAUAGAAUUAAUUAAAAGUUUAAUUGUGUAAUCAGGAUUACACAGGGUGCAAGUGGAAGUGGGGCGGAGGGGCUACACAUGGUGGAAGUGGACUAAGCGUAGAGCAAGACGGAACUGACCUUAUCUGUUCAUGGAAAGUUUUGGAGAUCAUACAAGUUUGUCAGAGAAAGAGCAGAAUGAAAGAAUUUUAAGUUAUUAAGGGAAACGAGUAUGGUCGCAAAGUUUUGAGGAAUGCUGGUCAAUUUAGACUUGCUAUACUUCCGGUAGCUGUCAGAGCAGUAUGCCCAGGUGUUUACAACUCGCAAGAUGUGCAUGGAACAAGAUCGACACUUUAAAUGAUGAUAUAAACAAUAUUUAAUUUAAAACAAAUAGCAAAUUUUCCAAAAGCCGUGGGUCUUAUGAUAGGCUACACAAGAUUUAUUUUAGGCCCUUGGGAAUUUUAUCCUUAUUUGAAGGUAAAGAAAGUGAGACGGACCUAGAACUGAACGAAAGACAAAUUUGAUGUCGGAAAAAGCUAAAGAGGAACACGAGAAAUUAAUGUGCGAAUUUGAAGACAAUGUGCAUGUUCGAGUGACAGAAACAUAUAAUUUUGAUCGGGACCGAAUAAACGAAAGCUUUGAUUUGACAAACCAUAUCUAUGCAAGAAAGUUCGUACACAUUGAUCAAAUAGGCGAGUUGGAUAGCACUAGCCAUCGGUUUCAGUUUCACCUUUCCUUCCUCUCACACUUAAACUUGCAUGUAUACGAUCCGUGAAAGCUGUCUCAUUUCCAAAUUCAAGCCUUUCCUCAGCAGACAAGGCAGUUAAUUGCCUCUUCUUUUAUUCUUAUCCUUGCCACCCCCCAACCCUUCAUUAAUUAUCCUUGGAUUAUACUUGUAAUUCAACAUCUUGUUAUUCAACAGAUUAAAUUGUAAUUCUAUAUGCUACUUCAUUAGCUAUUAAGAUACCUAGAGUAAAGGACAAAAUAUUAGGUUGCAACUGAUUCUGACUUAAACUAUUUCAUUUUGUGAUGGCUCUUUGACGUAUAUUGUGAUGGACAUUGAUAUUUAUAAUAAUGAGGCAGCUGUGUUUCUUCAUAUUAAAAGCAUUUUAAUUAAUCUUGAGACUUAAAGUAAGUCUAAAUAAAUUCACAGGGGCUACAGUUGAUAGUGUAUUACAUUCUCACUUCAACUCUGUGACUAGACUUUGAUUCCUGCUAUAUGCAGUUGUCUAAAUUUAAUUUUUCUUCUGCUUCAUAAAGAAUGCUCGUAAAGUAUUUUUGUGAGAAACUUUUUUUGUUUCAUUAAAAGAAACGUCUUUGCCAACACAGUUUCCAAAUUGUUAGACUUGUUUUCUAAGUAUGCAAUUCAUAUAAAACAAAACGUACGUCAUGCGUCCAUAAAAUCUUAGUAGAAGUGAGAUAAUAUUUGAGUUUGCAUGGAGGUCUGAUUUUUUAAGCGACGUUUCAGCUUUUUCUAGACAAAUUGCGUUUUUUAAGAAUGUCUUAUUUCUUUGUUUGCAGAGGAAUGUCUUCAAUACUACAAUACAAAGUCAGACGGUUUCCGUCAUGACUCGGUUUUUAGCAAUAAAAAAGACUGUGAAAAUAAUCAUGGCUAUUGGGUUUCAUUCAGCAACUAUUUAGAAAAAUACCCCAAGUAUCAAACAGAACAAGCAUGUAAAGCUGCAAGUUCUAGCCAACGUCGACUUAUUUGGGCCAUUCCUUACCGCUCUGAAGAUAUUGAUAAUUUAAAAAUGACUGGUGAUAAUGUGGAAUCACUAAAAUGUUGUUUGGUUGCACUUGAUGCACCCGAAUGCACCAAAGCUCCAUAUACAAGAUCAAACCAUUUAGGAAAUGCCGAUGGUGUCGUUCCAUUGCGUUACGAUUGGGCCAUUCCACAUUUCCCGUCUGGUCAUACACAAAGAUGCGUCAUGCGAAUAAGGUUAGUUAUCAGGUUGAAAUAAUCCUUUCUGCAUCCAUCGCCAACGCUAUAGGCCUAUAUACAGUGGCGUAGCCAGCCCGACAAUUUAGUCCCGCUAUGCAAAUUCAAUAUUAUUAUCAUUAUUCACUUCUUUAGAAAUUGAUUGUUUUCACAAUCAAUGAACAUGAAAAUAUUUGCAUAGCGGGACCAAAUAGUCGGGCUGGCUACGCUACUGCCUAUAUAAUCAAUUUACAAAGACGUUGGUUCUGGGGUUUUUUACCUUGUUACACUUUCGUCUCUUUACGAAGGUCCAUGUCAUUUUUAGUUGGAAUUUUAGUAAAUGCCAGCUGAAGAUGUUUCAUAUUAUGGAAACGACUUUAAAUCACAUUGCACUGUUUGAAUUCUGCUGGAUAGAACACAAAGCCAAAUUUUUUUAUAUCUUAGUAGCAUCUAUAGACCUUGAAUUUGGGAAAUUAAAUAUAGUAAAUAUAUUGUUACCAACACAUUAAUCCAAGAGUUAAAUAAAAAAGUUGCGAAGGUAUUAAUAGCCGUAAUUAUGGCGUAAUUAAGUGAAGGAAAAAUGGAUUAAAUUUUGGUUGAAUUUUGAUAAAAUUAGAUGUCUUCAGAAAGGUUCAAAGGUCCGUCUUGGUUUUACGGGUCCGAAAGCGUAAUUAUACAUGUCAUUUAUGCGUAUAGGCCUACAUACUAGAUUUUUUGCCGAUGCAUGGAAAUGUCUGUAAUCGAUAUAUAUUUUACAUUAACUAGGCUAUUACAACAUGAGCGGCCUUGUUGCAUCGGGCAUGCAAACUCGAUCGGAAGACGAGAGUUUUUAUUUCGGAUACAACACGAACGAGAGAAAGGUCGAUCUUGAAGGGAAUAAUUGUAUGUUCUUCAAUAAUUUAAAAUAAAUGAAUUAUAUUUGGUGAGAAAUUUGAAAUUAAAUUUUAUGUAAAUCAGCAUGAUUUUAUAUCAGAUACACAAAAUCCUUCACGGUCAUUUAUUAAUUUAUACAGACAUGCAUGGGACUGGUUGUUCAAAUUAAAAGCUGCGGUUAGCUUAAUCCCGGGUUAACGUGCAAUUCAAAACAUACUUUCCAGCACUUGUUUAUAAACUUGGUAAUAUUGUUUCAGAAAUCAUGUUUGCAUCAUCAGACGUUUAAUUUUCUAACGUUUUGAAAUAAACAGAUGCAGAUAAACACGAACCAAAGUGAUGGGUUAAAUUUAACCCUCGCUAGAACACUAUAUAUUUGGGCUUCAAAGAACCGGCCCCUGCAUGCAGUAUUAAAAAGACUCGGUGUGAAACAUUUUGGAGAUUAGUCCUCCUGAAUGUAAGAAUGGCCCACGGAUGUUGAAUGCCUGUCAAAAAUGAUUUAAAACGAAUGAUAAAAUUCCUCCCAUACAAGCUUUUUUCUCAGUCUAUGAAAUGUAUACAUUUAUACAGCUUUAGCGUGUUUCCUCUAUUUAUUGCACUGGGGUUUAUGUCGAUUUUGGACUGGGGACUUGUUAGCAGCAGUGGCGGCGCCAGGCUUCCAAAUUUGGGGGGGACGGGGGGGCAUUUGAGGGGCAAACUCAAAUUUGGGGGGGGGCAAGAUAGAAGUUUUAAAAAGGUCGUCCCCCCCGAGGAAAUUCGCCCCCGCCUCCUCAAAACGUGGCGAUAUUCCUAGGAAUAUGGCCCCCGGGGGCGAAUAUCCUAGGAAUAUCGCCGCCCAGGGGGGUGGGGCGAAUACCCUAGAAAUAUCGCCCUCUUUAGGACAUUCGGCCCCCAUAUAUGCGAUGUGGUUUAUUCAAAUAAUUUCGUGAUACUUUCAUCUUAUUAUUGCCUUACACGUUUGAGAAUUUAACUCUGCAAAACUAAAGCUUUUCUCUAAUGACAAACUAUUCCAUAAGACGGGCGCCCAAUGUUCAAACGAUCUUGUUUUACUGUUCGUAUAUACGUGGCUUGGGAAUGGCCAAGUGUCCAUUUGCCGCCGAUCUUGUUCGAUAAUUAACAAUUAUUCGCCGAAGGCGAAGUGAUUACAGGUGAAUAUUCACCGAGACAAAGUCGAGGUGAAUAUUCACCGUAAUCACUGAGCCUGAGGCGAAUAAAUGUUUUAGUAUACAUUUUUAAUGAAUAAAACAAAAUAUCCAAGUUAUCCAACUAUUAGUUUAAUUUAAUUAAAAUUCAGAAAUAAAACUGUUUUCGACCGGUUUACCGUUACUGUUUUAGUGUUGCUGUGUUUCUUGUACACGCACGCUUUCAAAAUGGCUUCCCGCAUGUAUGACUUUAUUGCUUUAUUACAGAGUUAUUUUUCUCGAUUUGUGCUUAGAAUAUAAACACAAUGAUGGAAUGACUUUUUCACCAGACUUAAAAUUAAAAAAUAUUUUCUCUUUAGUAUUAAUUUGUUCAGGAAAUGGCUUAGAAAUUUGGUAAAAUGAAAUGUAAAACUAUAUCGUUCGAAAUAUAAAAGUUUUAAUACACUUUUCACUUUACAAGUUCCAAAAACACAAUAGUACAAUACAGCGUCAAGACACCAUACAGCACAAUGAACAUGCGACAUAUCAAAAGAAAUAAUAUCGUACAAAUUGAGAUAUUUAUUGGAUACAAAACGAAAUUGUUUUAAAAAGAAUAUCACGGCUUUUCCCAACAUUCGGGAUAGUUUUUUAUAUUUGUUUGAAGCGAAUGUUUCGGAAUUUUAAAUAAGUUUUAAAUUGUCCGUGAAUAUCUUUGACACAGUAAUAUAAUAAAGGAAUCCUACCUUUCAAGUUAAAUAAAACAUUUUGUGCUUUUUUUUUGUUUUCUGGGACGAUUUUUUCAAUAUUUUGUCGAUUUUGAAAUCAAAUUUGCCGAAUUAAUGGAAUCAUUCUUUUUGAAAAGCAAUGUUUACUACCCAGGUGGUAAAUAAUGCGUCAGAUUUACUAGUUAACUAGCCAAUCAGAACGCGCGAAAGCUCAUUUGAAAUGCAAAAUUUAUACUAAUUGUGCUUAUUCAUCAAAGGUAUUAAUUUGUCAGAAAGAUAUGUUGGACCAUCUCCAUGCAUUUAAACAUUUAUAAAGUAGGGAACAAUGCUGCAAGUAACAACGAUCGGACAUACGAAGCCAAUUUAAUUCGUCUAGUAAAGGUGUUACAUGGUCAAAAGUUCUUGACUUAGUUACAGUUUCUGCAGCUGCAUUUUGAAUUUUCUGUACAAUAUCCUGAACACCUUUGUUAGCAUUACCAUAGACAAUGUUGCCAUAUUCCACUUUAGAGAAAACUACACAGUUUACAAGAUCUUUAAAAGUCUCUCUGCAUGUGCGUGCACUCACGUGUCUCCAUGAAAGAUGCUGGUCGAGCAUCAGACCCAGAUUGACUACAGUAUCCUCCGGCCUGAUACACUCUUCACCAAUAUCCAACUUAAUCUGUUCGAUGUCGUUUAUUUUCGAAAGUUGGUUUUUUGUUCCAAUGAUUUGAAAUUUAUUCUUCACCAACAUUUGGUUUCAAUUUUUUUGCAAUCAGCCAAUCAUUUAUAUGUAUAAGCUCCGAUCUCAUCUGAUUCAAUGACUCGUUCAACUCUCAGACCGAGAGCUUUUAUACAAUUGCUGGUCAUCGGCAUAAAGAUGUAGAUUUGACGGUUACCACCCGCAAUUAAUAGAGUGUUGAGCAAGAAUUCCCGGCAAUUCAUUGAUCUAGAGUAUGAACAGAAUAGGACCUAAAACAGAUCCUUGAGGGACACCACAGGUUACUUUAAAAGGAUCUGACCUUGUGCAACCAAUCUUUAUGCAUUGUGUUCUGUCAGCCAAAUAGUUUGUAAACCACUUUAGAGAUGUGCCGGUAAUACAAUAUUUAUGGCGCUUGUCCACAAGCAUUCUGUGAUCCAGACUGUCAAAGGGUUUACUAAGAUCUAAUAGAGUAUAAGUAAUGUGAUUUCUUUAUUUUCCAUUGAAUUAAACAUAUCAUUCGUUAUACAGGUCAAGGCCGUGAUCGUAGAAAAACCCUUGAGAUAACUUGAUUGAAAUUUAUAUAGCAAGAAGCGAGUUUUCAUUUCGAUAAGUUAUCAGCUGUUUGCAUACCAAUUUCUCCAACACCUUCGAUAGAAUAGGAAGUACCGAAAUGGGUCGAAAUUUCGAUUUAAUAUUUCUAUCACCACUUUAAAAAAUUGGAGUUACCACAGCUGAUUUCCACUCUGCAGGUAUGACAGACUGUUCUAUCGAGAGGUUAAUUAAAUAAGUGAUACCUUCCAGUGCAGAAUGAACGCCUACCGCUAUCUUCAACGUCCUAAUGGCAAUAGUAUAGAUACCAGUAGCUUUAUCACUGGAUAAACUUGAGAUAAUCUGCACCACUUCGGAUUGUGCAACUUGAUUAAAUUCAAAGCGAGAUGUGAUAUUAAAGGGGAAGUUGAAUUCGUUACCCACUGAUCCGAGUUCCGACUGUAUUAUUUCGCCUAUACUGGUGAAAUAUUAUUUUAUUGAAGUUUUCGGCACAGGCCUUCGUAUCGUCACAUUCAGAGAAAUUUGAAGUGUGCUUGGAUGAUGGAAAAACUUGUCUUAUGAUUCUCCAUAGUUUACUAGGACAUUUUUUCUCUCCUUAAUUAACCGAUUAUAAUAUUCGGCUUUAGCUUGCUUAACUGAAGUCAAAAUUUUGUUCCGCAUCGCCAAAUAGCCUAACUCCCAUAGAUUUUUCUUCUCUUUUUCGUUUGUUAACUUUGACGCUUGAGGUAAAGCCGUUGAGUGGUAUACAAGUUUAGUCACCCAAGAACGUUCCUGAAAUGUAAUAUUUUUCCUUCACGGCGCACUUUAAAAUACAUAGCUAUAAUAUUCUAAAUUUUAGACUGAUUAGUUUUUAUUCCCUUUUCCUUUGUUCAGAUACAACAUUUCCACUGGAGACUAUCCACCGUUUAGCACAUUCGGUGACAAAAAUGAUGAUCCGUAAGUAUUUACAAUAUAUGGUUGAAUUUGUCAGCUCAAACCUGGGUGUUACUUACAGACAGACACGAUCUAACGUCCAGUGGCAGAAAUCUAGGUUGUGACAACUUCACGUAAAAAUAACAAUUUGUCUCAAGUCUUAGCACACAUGUAGACGGCAAACAGCUGAUUUUGGUGCUAUACGGUAUGAGCUUUGUCCGAAUUUUAGAAGCUUUUCUUACAGAUAUUCAGUCGCUUUAGCCCCCACCAGAAAACGUGAAUUUUCGCCAUUCAUGACAACGGGAACACUAACAAAAAUAUCAUUGCAUAUAUGCAGUGGAUCAAAUAAUUAUUGACUUUCGCCAAACAAUGUAUAAUAAUAAUACGAUUUACUGUACUGGCUAAGACACUGAAGAGAGAAUGCAUGGGAAUGGAAAAUGUUUUUAUUUGCGACUGUUCAUUCUUUCGCGCAAACGACAUUUCUAUCAAGUUUUAUUCUCAAAGAAAUCAUAAUUAUAUUAUUUUUGUUUAUAAGGAAUAACGGUGUAAAAUCUCCAGUACAGAACAACCCAAAAGUAGAUGUUGGUGAUGUUCAAAUGCCAUUGCAACUUGCAAUCAACACAGCUCAAUUUGGACGUACUUUUCAGGAUCGAUCUCACUUAUUCAAGCUCAGGCCCAGGCCAAAAGGUGUAUUAGAUAAUGACGUCAUCCAUAAUCUGAACGUACGUGGAAAGCGAGGGAACAUCGUGCAAGCUUAUCCAGCGGUAGAAUACGACUUUAUCCCAAAACGAUUGAAUAUUUCAAGCACAAAUCUUGUGCAUAUCCAGUGGACAGGUAAGUUUUGUUUAGGCCCUACUAUUGAAAAUUUGUAUGGUGGGCAAGGCGUGUCCAAUUUAUAA